CCGUCCCCACCCGCCCCGCAGUAUGGAUGAGACGCAGCAAAGCCAACUCCCACACGCGUACCACCACCUGCAGCAGCAGCAGCAUCAGCAGCAGAGACCCCCGCCCCCCCAAUACAGUCCGCCUCCCGCACCAUCUCGUCUGCCAAAGCCGAAGGCGGUCUUCCCCACCGGGCGACCAGCGGCUGGUCCAAACAUCCUGGCGCAGCAACAGAUGGAUCAGAUCUACAACCACCGCCAGCAGCACCAGCACCAGUCUGCUAUGGCCAUGCCGGUCGCGCAGCAGCAGCAGCAGGGUCCUGACAACAGCAGCUAUGGCCAGCAAGGGGGCUUCCCCCCUCUCUCUCCGGCGGCGCCCGUGUCUGAAGACUACCAUGGUGCCAACUUCAAUCACUGGAUGCAGCCGCAGCCGCACUCACCCUCUUCGCAGCUGUCCGCGGACGCCCCGCCGUCCGUUCCCCAGUCCAUGUCACUCGAUGACCCCUACCAGCACCCCCAGCCAACAGAGCAACCUGAUGCACCUGACGGCUCGCCCAACUCAGUCAUAGCGCCCCUGCCGGUGCCGGUGGAGAGUGGUGGAGGUGCUUUCGAUCCGCUGGUAGAGCCCUCCCCGACGGCUUCUUCUUCCAUGGUGCCGUCUCCCGGCAAGAUGUUCAGCGACUCUGAAGACUCGCCGAUGAAGCGAGAGCCCGACGAUGACGAUUGGUUGUCGGCAGAGGGAGAGGGGGAGGGUGAGGGGGAGGGGGAUGUCGACGUCGAUGGGGAGGAGCAGCGGCAGCAGCAGCGGCUUCCGGCAGACCGGAUGGACCAAUGCACCACUGGAGGGCCACGCCCCGGUCGUGGGCUCGGCAGAGGGCUGCUGGAGACCUACCGUCCGUUCAGAGAGCCGUCCAUCCCCUUGGACUCUUCUCGUGCCCACAACAACGACGGUUCAGGGCCCAGGGCUUGUCUGGUCAAGGUGUCCGGGCCGGACCCGACGAGGGAGUGGACUGCUGCCAUGCAGGCUGGGGAGGUGCUUGAUGUCGAUGGAGAGGAGGACUGGGGCUCGCCGGGGCCCAGACACCGUUUCCCUGUGGCGGCUGCUGCUUCUGACAUGCGCGACAACAAUGACGACCCGCGCCCAGGUGAGAGCUCACACACACACACAGAAGGGAAGGAAAGACGCACUUUGAUGACACAACUGGACGGGAUGCCUUUGUCUCUCCCUCUGUGUCUGUCGGUGUCAGUAGAUGCUGAUGUCGAUCGCGAUGGCGGCCAUGGUGGUGAUGCCGACGGGAUGAGCUCGGUGGGAGGCGCUGAUGUGGAGAGCAGCGACAGACAGACGGGGGGGCGAGGGAGAGGGAGCGGCGCCGGCCACACAAACACUCGUACCAGUAUCUUCCCACCCAGCAUCCCUGGUAGACACACACACACACACAUACCCCACAAGAAAUCACACAAGAGGGCACUAAGGCCACACGUGUGUGUGCCUGUCGUGUGUGUCAGGUUCCGACGACGAUUAUGCACCCAACGAUCUCCCAUCACGCCCAUUCCGCGGCGACGAGCCCCUCGAUCAACUACCGACGAAGCCCAAGCGGAAGCCCAUCGAGCCACCCGGCCAGGAACAACAAGACAGCCCGCCACUCGCACCUCAUCGUCGACGUGACCGCUCCCCAGAGCGUCACCCUGACGACCGCCACUAUCAAGGAGACCGUCGAGUCGACCGGCCGCAGAGAGGCGGCGGUGCUCGUGGGGAGAGGGGAGGAGAUUGGCACGAGGAUGGCUUCCGUCCAGGUAUAUAUGUGCGAAACUCACGGCAGGCCGAAUGAAACCUACCAAACCUAUCACCACCUCACACGUGUACGUCUCGAUGUGUGUGAUGCAUCAAUCAUGUCAGGUCUCUCUAUUGACCGUUCCCCCUUCGAACCUGUCGAUCGCCCUGACCAUCAGCACAGACCUCCUCCUCUCCUCCGGCACGACUCGCCCGAUUCGUCCGAUGAACGAGACCGAGACCACCGCAUCGAACGGCGCCCCGAUCGCCCCGUCUACCCCGACCAACGAGACCGGUCCAGCGAUCGUCCGGGUGCAAGGGGCGACUCCGAUGACAGCGAUAGCUCACCUGUCCGUCCGCCCUCACGCCGCCAUCGGGAGGGCAGUGAGAGAGGCUCACUUGCGCCGGUCGAGACUCGGGAUCGGAGGCAGGACAGGCGGCGUCUUGGCGAGCCGGGAGAGCGCAGCAUAUCCCUCGGUGACCUGCUGCGUGACGUGUGCGAGGGGUACGAGAGAUUCUGUCGCCAGGGAUGGGGACUGAGGGACCUGCAAUUCUGGCAGAAAUGGGCGGUGAAGAUUGCGGUCAAGAUCGAGAGGGAGGAGCAGCGGGCCCCUCGUCAUGAAGCGGAGCAGCUGCGCGGCAACAUCGACAAGUUCCUGCUUCAUCUGCGGGUAGGCAGUGCAGUGCAUGCCCCACGGACAUGUAUCGCAUCUCCUUUAUGUUCUCCUGUCGUCCCUCCCUCCACAGCACAUGAGGACCUCUUUGCACCGGCGGAUCCAAGACCUGAUGCAGCGUCAGCAGCCUGUCGAGUACGGCCGACUGGGGCGCCCACUGUCGCCACACGAGCUGGUAUGCCCCCAGAGCCAAACCAGGCAGCCCACCACGAACACACAUGCACACACAGGGCCCACAUAUCCCAUUUCUGCUGCUGCUGCUGUGUCCGUUGUGGUGUAUCUACGUCAUCAGGGGGAUCGCCACCUCGUCGACUAUCGUUCCGGCAGGGAGCCCCGCGACGUCUCUCGUCGGCGAAUGGCCCGAAACAGGACCACGACAGAACGUCCCCCCUCUCCUCACUCGUCAGACAGCUCCCCACCUGUCAGCCCACUGCCCGCCCAUCGUAUUCCUCGCCGCCAAGAGGGUCGCAACCCCCGCAUGAGUCGCCGUCAGGACGAUAUGCACAGUGAGUACGCUUUCGGGCAGCGAGGUCGGCCGCACGACCACACCAUAUAUGGCGGAGGAAUGGCCGGCAGCGAGCGAGAGGCGCCUGCCAGAGGACGUGGUGGGCGUUAUCAUGACGACGACCGAUUCAUCCCGCCCGCACUUGGACCCUUCGAUGAGCGUCGCCGUGAGACCGACGUCCGCAGCGAGCGGCACUUCGGACGUUCUGGUCGAUCACCGGAGCGCCGCAGUGGUCCCACGGCCAGCCGAGGGCGAUACCUUGAUGCAGAGAGGGCUGAGAGUGCCCGUGAGGUGCCGCGGGAAGGGCUCAUGCACGAUGAGCGUCGCCGCAGCAGCAGAGUGAGCGACUACCACGACCCUGGCCGCAACGGCGAUGGCAGCGCCGCCCCCACCCCCCAAACGGUUAUCGGCCCACGCUCGCCCGCUUCGUCCCCUCCGGCAUCGCAGCAUUCCUCCCGCAUCCCAGCAGACCUCGACCAAGACAAAUUCACCACGGGGCGGGGAAUGGAGGGCUACAUCACCAGGCGGGAAGGCGAGAGCUCCGGUGAGCCAUACCAUGAGCUCAACGCCUGGGGGCGGUCGGCGGCUGACGUGCCCGCUGGGUAUGGCGGUCAGCAGGAGCGUCAUGGGACGGAGGCGUCGCUGUAUCGGGCGGGAGAGGACGGCCAGGCGGGCGUUGCGGAGGUCACUGGCACUGAUUCGCGCAGCUACGACAGGUCGACCAUCCUCCGCUUCCGGCAACCUACUGGUGAGGCCCACACAUACACACACAGAGCGCAACGGAGAAAGACGCGCAAACACCCAUUCUCUCUGUCUGUCGUGUGUGCGGUGGGGUGCAGACGUGCCAGAGGAGCUGGCCACCAUGAAGACGCCCAAGCUGACCCAGAAGGACAAGCGGGACCUCGCGCGCUCCAAACCGUGGGGCGACCCGAAGGAGUGGGCUGCUCGCCGCGGGGACAUCUCCCCCGAUUCAUCCAUGAGCUCACCCUCCUACCGUCAAGCCACAUCAGCAGCAGAGUCCGAGGAGCCGCCGCUCUCAUGCGAUGCGGCCCGCAAGACUGGCUCGUCUCUCUCGACGUCGAAGAGACCAUCCGGGUGCCGCUGCCACAGCUGCAGGGUGCGUCAGAGGAAGACGCGUCGCAGCCCUCCGCCCCCCAGAACGAUGGCAACAAAAACCAGCGGCAGCAGGACUUCCGCGAGUGGGAGAGGGAGAUGGAGAGGGACAUGGCGAGGUACCCCAGGCUCGAUGAGGAGGCCAAGACGAGGGCCAAUCAAUAGGCAGCAGCACGGCCGCAUGCGUCUCGUGUCCAGUGCGGCCCAGGCCACGCUCAGUCCAGCUCCAGCUCG